CUGGGAAUGGCUACGGAGAAAGCCGACCCUCUGUCAAGUUGCUUUGUUCCCAUCACAUGCCCCAUGCCUGACGAUGUUUCUUUCGACCCGAUAAUCUGCCACAUUCACGAAAUCUACACUGCUCUAAAAAUUUCUCCACCAGAUGGAAAAUUCACUAUCCUCGCGUCAUUCUUCCUGACCGAUGAUGAAAGGCGCAUCAAGGUCAUCUCCAUUGCGACGGGGACAAAAUGUUUGCCUACUGUUCGACUGCCAAUCCAGGGAGAAGCUUUACACGACAGUCAUGCUGAGGUGCUCGCCCGACGCGGCGCCAUCCGGUGGUUUAUGGAAGAAAUUCUUCGCCAAACGCCAUCUCACUGGAUCGUUCGUCGGACGAGUGGAAAGUACGCGUUGGGAGAUGGUGUAGCACUCAAUUUCUACAUCUCCACCGUUCCGUGCGGAGACGCAUCAACCAGAUUUCUCGCCGUCUUCCAAGAUGAAGAGAUGGCACUCCUCAAGGACUCUACUGUCAGAGAUCCUGCAGAUCCUGCAGCAGCUGCACGAGGACGCGACGGGUACUCGCUCUAUGCCGUCCUUCGAACGAAGCCCGGCCGAGCGGACUCCCCUCCUACCCAAUCCAUGUCUUGUAGCGACAAGAUUGCUUCAUGGAGCUUUCUGGGUAUGCAAGGGGCUCUGGCAUCGUCGUUUUUGUCACCUCUUUAUAUAUCGAACAUAAUCGUCGGUGAGGUACCUCCCAAUAUGUACGAUAUCGUUCUGGAAGAUUGCAAUCGAGCCUUGUGGGAUCGGUUGGGAUGCUUAGAUCCUGCGGGAAAUUAUUGUCUCCAGAAGCCAUCCAUAAGCCUCACUAGCGUGCCGUUCAUCCAUUCUCGCGACGUUCUCAGGGCAGCUUCUGGCUCCUGCAACGAUUCUCUUUGUUGGAUUGCUGACUCGCACAAGACAUAUGAAGUCCUCAUCAAUGGUUUCAAGCGAGGUGUAUCCCCAAAGCACCGGUUACGCGAAAAAUCCAGACCACUGUUAUGCCAGAUGUCAAUGUUCUUACUAUACCAUCAGGUUUGCAAGGCUUUGGGGCUCUCUGAUCAGUCACAGAAAAUAUAUAAUGAUGUAAAAUGCUCCGUUGCAGAGUAUCAAGACGCUAAAGACCGAUUGAUGGGUAACGGCGGACCGUUGGCAGGUUGGCUGAGGAGUUCUUCCUUGUCCAAAGACUUCAUCUGCGGCUCGCAAAAGACCUCCCACUAAGGCAGAGCAGAUCAAUCUCAAUCUUUCAUGCAACAUGCUGAAAAUAGCAGAUGAAGCACUGGUUAACAUUGAAUUUGCAUUAAAACAUGAAGCAACGAAUAUAGUAUCUCAUCUUGAGCGGGUUCGCUGCUUGAUUGGAACCCGUCGUCUUCGCGGUACGCAGCAAUGACCAAUGUUAAGCAAAAUCCGUGUCGCCGGGGGAUUUGGGAGAAUAUUCGUCUGCGAAGAACAUUCUCGCGAACUCCAGGCCCACAAAUCUCCUUCAGGAACGUGGAGGGUGUACCCAAUGGGUUCUUCAGUAUUUUUUGAAUAUGAUGAGGGCGAUUCUUCUCACUUUCGUGACAUACAUCUUGUUCUUUCCUGCCUCGUCCCGAGUAUUCUAUCAUUUCUUAUGUCAGAGAUAUUGUAUCGCCAGG